CGUUUCGGCUUAAGUUACAGAUUAAAGCGAUGACUGUAAGUUAAGAUCAUAGGUGUAACUAAUUCUUCUUCGACAAAUAGUUCGGUAACUCAAAACUGAUUAUUUUUCAGGAAAAAAGUUAUCUGAGUUGACUACGUUUAAGUAGAUUAGUGCUCAACCGUCCCCAAAUUAUUUUUGGCAUUGCAGGCACUAGAACCGGGACUUCGGCAGGUAUUACUCCGCCAGCACUGUUGACCUAAGAUUUUGUUUAUAUUGUGCAGAAGCAUUUAUUUCGUUCUUACCUCUUAAUUUUUGUCUAAUUUAUAAUUUUAAUUUUCAGCUCGACGACAUGAAAGCUUGUAACAAGAUUGUCAGUGAAAGCAGACAAAGUAACGAUCAGGGCUGGACAAUAGCUUUUCUAUCUUAAACAUUCAAUCCAUUAAUUAUAGAGUGUUUGUUUGGAAUUCUACAAAGUCGUCUGCAUUUCUUACGAAGUUUCGCUCUGUAGCUGAUGACUAGAUGAGUGCGAUUUAGAUAAAGCAAGAUCCUGUUCUUAGACAUUGCGGCACACAGCUAUCCAUAUCUCCGUCUGUUGUCUCGAGCUACAAGCUGUGGUGGCCGCUGCGACGGAGUCGGUGAUAGCAGUGGUCGGAUAAGCACUCAUUUAUUGGCAGUUUCUGCUUGCUUAUUGUUUUCGUCGUCUUGGUUGUCGUGAGCGCAUCAUCAGCAUCGGCGGUAGCAGUAGCAGCAAUCGCGGUGUCGUAUUAGCUCUGUUUGCGGUCUAACCGCUUAGUCUGUGUGCUCGCACUGGUAACCGGCAACGGUUCUCUACAUAACACUGCUCUUUUACAACAAGAGGAGAGAGGGAGACUCCUACAUGUGGCAAUUCGUUGGCGAGCUCGUUAUGGGUUACAGCAUCGAGGAGUGAAUAUCGGCAGCUGUUGUUGAUGCAGCUUCAAUAAAACGGCCAAGAAGCCGUACCAGCAGCCGAGCCCACAGGAGUAGCGGAGCAGUAGUGAGUGUGGGCUGUAGAGGAUAGGCUGUGUAAGCAACAGCAGCGGCGGCGGUGGCAGCGAGGGUCCAGACCAGUUUGCUUGGUCGUCUGUCGUCUGUUUGACCGGUUGAUCUGCUGUAGGAGUGGAGCGGACACCUCUCUUCUUUGCUUGGUUUAUUUGACUGCUGCUGUUAAUACGAGUACUAGUACUACCGCUACAACAACUGCUACAAUGACUUAGAAAGCUCGAAGUAGCUGUAAUUGUGGGUAGAUAGUGGAUAUCUAUCUGCUGUGUUGUCGCAGUGUUUGUCUGCUGCUUCUGCUCAUUGCGAGAGACAGUGGCAAGAAAUAGUAGUCAACUUGUAGUGGUAAUGAUGGCGGUAAUAGUUGCUGUAGUCUGCAGAUGACGACGAUGUGACUGUUAUCGUGCCGUUGUUUGUCGUCGCCGUCGUCGUCAUUAUUAUCCUUGUGAAAAAGUGCUUCGUGAAGUACUAUAUCAUGCUUCUAGUGCCACUGUAUUGGUUACGAUUAAGUGUAGCAUCUACUUAGUAGACUUGUAAUAUUAAUGAAGACUUUGAAUGUGAUGGUAGUGAUUGACAAUGGUGGCCAACAAAUCGAUAAUUGUCGUGCCAGGAGUGAAUGUCACCAGUCGCAACUGGAGAAUAAAUAUGUUGGGCAUCUGUACUGUACGCUAGUUGUACCCAUAACCAAAAGAAAAUGAGCGAAACGUACACAGACACACUCUACACGGCUACAGUAACGCCAAUCAUACCAAUAAUAAUUGCAAUGUAAAUUUGGUGUUUUGUGUAAAAUUCAUCUGCAGUUUGUGUUUGGUGAUGACCCACUGCGACACAAUAACAGCUCGUAUUUGCGUGAAUAUAUAAUAUUAAUAAUAGUACCAAAACAAACACUGAACACUCUGAUUUGGACAAAAGCAUCUUCGGUACCAAAGUAUGAACGAGAUUUCAUCGUACAAACACAACAAGGCCGGUGAAUGGUGGUGGAAUAUCCCCAGGGAGAUUGUUUAGCCAUCUUUGUGAGGAAUUGUAGGGCGCAGCUGUACUACAAACAUCAAUUCAUCCUGAUCAGAGCACAUCAGCAGAUAAGGCGACUGGAGAAAGAUGGUCUGUGGGGGUGGGGCCGGGCUCGACGGUGGCGGAAGAGGCAGUGGUGGGUUUUUAUUAAAGUUCCGUCCUCCACUAACUCUAUCACAAAGGAUUCUGAAGAGCGUCAAAGGCGACGGCGUUCCGCUGAACGGAACGACUUUUUUGUCGGCUGCUCUUAUACUUUUGCCUGAUUUUAACUCAUUUCUGACAGAGCGUAUGUUGCCGGCCACUAGCACGGUAACACUGAUGUCUUCGAUGAUCUGUGGCAACGUGCAUUACUGCAACAGUCUUGAUGUUGCCAAGGUCGAAUCCGAAGUACUGGUGACUAUGUUGAAUCACAGUAAUAGCUGGGGCCUUAAAGUUGACACCGAUUCGUCAAAAGUUUUUAAAAAAGACUACUGUAAAGACAAAUUACUUCAACAACACGAACAAGAGGAUCAGAUUAACGGACAUCUACAGUCAGAUCCUCAAUAUUAUUGCUUUCCUGUCAACACAACACAACAGGUGGAGGAAACAGCCGUCGAAGAUCCACCUGCGUUGUUUGAGGCUGCAAAUGGUUUUUUUGAAAACCGCAAUCAUUCAAUGAUAUCCAUCGCCAUACCCAAGGUUGAGGAGACCAGUCCACGGGGCUACGUAGUGAGCUCUACUUCGGCAUCGGAUUUGGCACCAAAACUUGCGCGUCAUCUAGAAAGCCUCAGUGAAGCAAAAUUAAAUGCGACCAUCACGCCUGUAGCAACAACGGUAUCUUUAAAUGAUGUGAAGGCAGGAGAAACUGUCCUUCAUACAGUCAAUAGCAAUGUAAGAAAAUUCAUAUUCCAUUGCGGUGAGGGGGAGUGUGGUUUCAGCUCUGGCCACCGUGAUCGCUUCGUUAUCCACCUGCGAUGUUUACACCACUUGAGAGUAGACGAGAAGGUUCUAGAUUUUAAUAAUUGGGCCGCAUUUAUUGCCUGGAAGGAAUAUCUGGAAAAAGAGACAUAUGCGAGUUUCGUCAAGCCACAUCCAUCGUAUCGUGUGCAAUAUUAUCAGCAUCAAAAUCUCGAAUCGCAGUUUUUCCAUUGCGCCUGGCUUGAACGUUCCAAGCAGCUGCACGACUCAUCAAAUCUCAUUAAAUCUUUCAGAUGGCGCCCAUGUAUUAGUCACUUAAUAGCACGACGUAGUGUACAUAAGGGUCGAGUGUCCGUCUAUUGUGUUCUGUCCCACUAUGGCCAUCCUAUCGGACCCGGUAUUUAUCCAGGACUCAUCGACUUUCCUAAGGUGAGACGAAGCCGUUCUUUCACUGGUUCGACUCAGCAAGAUGAAGUAAAAUCAAUUUCUUGUUCAACCAUUGUAAAAGAUGCAACUUUCUCACAUCUAACUGCUGAAAGAGAACCCAGCCGGGAAUAUUCCAUCUUUCGAUUGAACCCUAUUUUUAACGCAGACCUAGGAGAAUAUAACGCAACUUCACAAAUGUCUUCAGCAACCGAAAACCAAGUCUAUAUACACACACUUCGUACCCCGUCUACUGUACAGAAGCAACGAUAUCGUCCAGAGGCGGCAAGUGGGCCAUGUGUAUUCGCAGGUCGAGCUAAGUUAAAGGAAACUGCAAAAGGUCUUAGUGGUAUUAGGGAAUCAGAUGUCGAAAUUGACAGCGAUUUUUCACUGGAAGGUUCGGAGGGUGAGGAAAACUGGGACAGCGUUGAGCGAUUUAAAACGGUUCUACGUGUCAUUCGUCGCGAGGGAAGAAUUGUCCACGAAAGGAUGCGGGUUUAUGUUAGUAAAGUAAGUGAUGAUGAUUCCUUUUUGUCCCAUUCACGGCCGAGCCCGAAAUCAUCUGCGCGGAGGUCUUAUUUUACGUGUAUCGAUUGUUCGAUGGCUGGAACUCACCUAGCAACAACUAACCGUGCCGAGUUCAUUAAACAUCUUAUUCGAACGCACUCCACUAGACCAGAAGAAAACAUAUAUGUAUUCCAAAACUUAGACAAAUUCAUCGCUUUUAAACUUCUCAUGGAAAGCAAAUAUCGGUGUACAUUUGUGCUACAUCGAAAACGUUGCAACGAAUUGGUGUUCGAGUGUUCACGUUCUGGACGUUACCGAGGGGAAAAUGCAACAUGUGGCUCCUGGACUAAAGCAACUGCCCAAAAUCGAAAAGGUCAGACUCAAGAACCACGAUCACGUUGUACCGCUCGUAUGGUUGUCAUCAAGUCUGGAUCAGGUAGAACUGAAGCUGUCCAGGCCAAUGUCUGCGUAACACAUUAUGGUCACAAGGAAGAUGGAGAUAGACUCAACUUAUCUCGUCGUUUGGCUUUACGGGUGGCACAAAUGGCUUGCAACAGUGCAAAAUCUUCAGGAGAAAUAUUUCAGACGUUAGCGGGCGGCGCAGAUUCGGGUGCACUCACGAGAGAUGCCGUCAAGUCGGUGAUUGGGUACGUGCGACGAAAUGGGCGCCAGUUCGAUUAUCCCGCGUGGCAGAAAGAGCUGCUUGAUGUUUAUCGUACUGACUUCUCAAACAGAAGGGACUAUUGUAAUGGCGCAGUUUGUGAAAUGGCUGAAGACAGAACUCUGACUAACGAGAAAAGUAUACGUUUUACAAGAAUCGGCUAUAAUGCGGCCAAAAAGACGACAGACUGGGACGAAGGGUUCUUACUAGAUGGAGCUGCUCAGAUUAGUUAUCAACGUGUGCCAAGCUCUGACUUGCGAUGUUAUCGAGCGACACACAUGGGGACUGGGAGCGUCCUUGAAGGCUAUGAUUCGAUAUUAAAAACUGACGAAGUUAAUCAACUAUCUACUUUGCCCUUCGAGAGAGAAAAACAAGACGCCUUUGAGUUUCAAUCAAAUGAAACAGCAUCAACUGAACUUUUCAAAAGCCCAUCCAUAGCGGAUUACGCCUUGACAGCCGUUGCGCCAACGACUCAUGUCAGCUCUAACAAGUCAUUCCUCGUAGACCACGAAAACCAUCCAGAACUUAGCCUAUUAGGGGGAAAUGAUAGCGAUUGGGAAGGAAGCAGUGAAGGAAGCUGUGAAACUCUGAACGGCGUUGAUGAACAUGAUAUGACCCACGAAGCCGAGGAAGAACCGCAUACUGUCAUAAACCAUUUUGAUCAAAAACCUGUUUUUACCGGACCGCCGCUCCACAUGGCUGCGAAAAGUCGAGCGGUUCGUUCGGUAAAAGGGAAUGUAAUUGUUAUUAAUGGACGCGGCGGUUUCGCCAACCGGCCAGAAGGAUGUGUUCGAUCAGUUAAUGCAAGCCAGACGCUUCGCGAAGAACAUGAGACAGCUGAUAUCUUACAAACUGACGACAGAGACAGCUCCGAUGUCAUAGCUCACGCGGAAGUCACCAUCGAGAAUUGCCGGGCUCCUAUGGAAAAAGUGGCUUGCGAAGAUCUCGUAGGUGAUAAAAUGACUGGUGUACUCAUUGAAAAUGAAGAGGUGGCAUCUGACCUUUUAAGAGAAAUUCUUGACGAGGGACGAGUAGUACUUAUGGCUCGACAAGGUGCACCACACCCUUGCUCAAAUACUUCCCAUAGCAGCAAGUCAGUAACUGGAUCGAACAACACAAUAAGUAAUUCGAAUGGCACAAACGCUACAACGAACACUGCAACUACAACGACAAAUAAUAACAGCAGCAGCAACAAUAGCAGCGGUAGUGAAACGAACAGAAAUCAGGUCAGCCAAAGUGGGCAGGGAAAUAGUAACAGAAUAUUAAGUGGUCAGAACAACGCAGAGAACGAAUCAUCUGCGGCACGAGGACAGGGUGGACAGGCGACGGCCACCGUGAAGGCAAAAGAGAAAACGGUCGCUGUAGGCAAGAUAAUUGAAGCUCGACUUAAAGAUACGCUUCACUUAAGUGAUCAAGAACAAGCUCUGAAACGAAGCAUUGAGCAAGCGAUAUUUACGAAUCCAGUGCGAUAUGAGCCGCCUAGGGUGGUACCUGCCCCAACACCGGCACCUACUAGCUUUCUCAAUCGAAAAGGCUCGUCGAGUGAAGAGGAGAGCUCCGAAGGUGAGCAACCCGAGGUCGAACCACCGCCGCCUCCACCAAAGCCGUCUAAGGCCAACACUAAAUUUGGAAAAGCACUUGCUUCAGCACAACGUCAACAACAGCAACAACAACAACAACCGAAGGGUCAGUUUGUGUCCAUCGCUACGAAGAAUAGUACUUCAGUGAUCGCGGAAAAACGCAAGAUAACGCCGUCACCCGGCCAUCAGGAAGAUGGACCACAUAGCAAAGUAGCGACAGUCAUAAAAAAGACUGAGAUAUUAACCGAAGCCCAAAGAGCGCAUGAAUAUCGGGACCGGCUUAUGGGUGUGCUGCAUACCUCGGCUCUAAUCAAGCCGGCGCCAGUUGCGACCACAACAAGCGUUGUAGUAAAGGCUCACAGUAGCGCUGUAUCCGGUGCUAGUCUUUUGGCAUCUGGGAAUGUUUCCUCGCCUCUCAACGCAAUAAUGAUACCUCGUCACGAUCCCAAAGCACCCUCUCCAAGCGGCAGCACGCCACAUGGCAAGAAGAAACUAGCGGUACAGGCAACUGAUCGAAAUAAUCAGAGCAACAAGAGCAAGUAAAGCAGGUUUGACCAAGAAAUAGGUUCUACAUUAUCAAUACAAAUGUUGGACCUUUUGAAAUCAUUCACAGCAACAUUGCAAAACGUAGUACGUGCGAGUAGUAAAAAUCAUAGGGAAUUUUUUUGAAGCAAGGCAGGGGCAACUGCAUUACAAAGAGGUAAUUUCCAAAAGAAAACAGCAUUCUUUAAUGAUUAAAGAACAUAAUUCUGGGUAGACGUGAAUACUAGAGUUAGGAGAUGAUUAUUAAUAUGGUUGAACAAAAGAAGUAUACGAUACGGGUGGCAUAACAGCAACCGAGUACUGAGUGUCGACGUAUACAUAUUAAUUGUAACGGAGCAUUGUAACUAUCAGAACUGUUAAAAGCUGAGCCCUUGCUCCAUGUAAGCGAAUCAGCGCGAUAUCACGAUUGGAAAAUAAUUAUUAUGAGCGAAACAGCCAACAUGAAUGUGACUCAAAUAUGAACGUUACCUAAGUAGAUAUAGACAUGUGUUUGUGUUUCGUCCAUCAAAUUUACAAAAUCACAGUGUUCGAUAUAUACAUGCGGUGAUUGUAAUAUCGUUUGGUGGGAUAAAAGCAAACCUGUUAAUUGAAGGAGAAAAUCUCAACGAUUAGUGAAGUUGAGCCCUAUGCCGGUGGCUUGAUGUCAGAGGUUUUGGAGUAUCUUUGAAUGCUAUUAAGGUUGUGCUCCUUCGUAAUCAGCAAGCUUAAACAUAUCAUGCAAAAUACAUUGGUUGAUCCUUCGGGCAAUUGACACUAAUAGAAACAUAUCCCUGCAUUCAAUGAGGUCUUGGGGCUCUACUUAAGCGACCUUGAUACGAAAACACUAUCAAUGUGGAACUUCGGAGAUCAGCGCAUGUUUGUUAAAGGUAUCAAUCAUUUCUAGAUUAAUUCCUUGUUAGUGUACUAGCUUAAAUAAAUGGAAAAACAAAAAGAGUUGGAAGUUUUGCGUUUCUCGUUUUUUUACGCCUUCUUGUGUGUAUUAUAGUGAAAAACCUUUGCUGGAAAGGAAGGCAGCGUGAAUACCUGAUACACUGAACUGUGAAUAAUAGUAAUAAUGAUAACAGUAAUAAAUAACAAUCGUUAAUUCUUUCGUAGUCGAUGAAUUCAACGACAAAAGAUAAUUAUCCUAGUUAAGAGAGUAUUCAUGAUGCUGAAGAUAAUGAUUUGUAUGGACCGACAUUUGUAAACCGUAACGAACGAGUUGCAGCAGGUGGGUGACUACGAGAAAAUUUGUAAUACUUAAUAGAAGUAAUAUUAUGAACCUUGACGUAACAUGCGGAUAAAUAUAAGGAAGAAGAUAGAGAACUGACGUAUCGUAGAUUCGCAACAUGUUUUAGCAAAUGCUAGACCAAGAGGCGCCUUGAAAUAGAUCUGGACAUUAGAGCUCUACAAAUGAACAAGAGCACUCGGGACAGUUUAAGACACGAUGUCUGUGAACGUGAAAAAAGAAUCGACGCCAGAAACUAAAAGACACUAAUCUGUGCAAGCCGUUUCAUACCGAAACAACGAGUAGGAUCUCAGUGAACGCUAAACUCGAUCUGGUAGAAAGAGAUAAUGAACAUAUAGUGGAACCGAAAAAUGUGAAACAAUGAAGUGAAGUGCGUUACGAUUGAAGUGAAAAACAAUGUAGGGAACAAAUAAUCGAUAUCAUCGUCCUUAAUUAAUGACAUUUAAUUAUGAUGAGUUUGGUAACGACAUGAGCAAGAAAAAGAGCCGUGAUGGUUUUUGUGAAUAUAUUUUUUAAUUUUAACCUAACUAGACUUUGCCAACUUUGUGGCACGUUAACACUAGAAAUUAGGCAAAAUUAAUCCUAAGAAACUGAUUUAGUAUUUAAACGACGCAAUACCUGCUCGCUAAAAUUAUAAUACACAUACACAUAUUCAAACAUUAUUAUUAAAAGCAAUUAUUUGCAGUAGAAGGUAAGCGAAUAUUGCAAAAUUGAAGGACCGAAUCAUCUUUAAUAUUAUUGAAAAUACAAUGUGUAUUUGUACGCUACAUGCUUAGAAUACUAUAGAUUUGUCUUCACAAUGAAAAACAAAUUAUAUAUAUAUGAGUAUUUCAAGUAUAGGUGCAAAAAAGGUGCGUGUUGUAGCAUUGGAGCAUGUUGAUGAACCUAUUAGAACCACACCGCAUUAAUUUAUUUGCGAAUUAAAAACACAUAUGAGACAGAAUAAACUUUGAAAGCUAAAAGCAUGACACGCUAGGAACAAACAACAGAACAGGGCGAAAAAACAGACCACCAUUGAAAAAAGUAUUAACAUUAUACACAGCGUAUUUCAGUGUAUGGAAACAAAUAUAAUAUGCACUUAUCUAAUAUAAUGGAAGCGUUUCAAGUUAAGUAAGCAUGUAAGAGGCUAAAAUAUGCGAGGUGGAAUUAAUAGAUCAUACAUUAUAUUAUAACAAUUACCAAUAUUAGCAUUAGUAAUAAUGACAAUGCAAAGAGAUAUUUGGUUAAGGAAAGAAAACACUGAACAGUCGAACGAAGACUCGAUUUGCACUGGGAGUGCAUACUAUGUCGUUGCGUACCAUUAUAUCAGUGUAUGUGUACAUUGUUCUGAUUAUUUAAACAAAGCGUAAUUACUAAUGAUGAUAAUUAUAAUGAUAUAUGUAUUAUUAUAUAUAACUAUAUCAUGACUAAUGGCUGCUGAUUGUAAAUAAAUUCUCGUACCUGCACCGUAUACAUUUAGAAGGGUAUUCAUUUAUUAAAGAAAUCUGAGUGAAUCUAAAAUCAGUUACAGAGUCAAUAGUUGCACCCGUAAUAGGAAAUCAGAGAUCAUAAAGGUUACUCUAUAAAAGAAAAAAAUAAUACUUUUGUCGCAUAUUUAAUUUCCUGGAAAUGAACGCAAAACCAUAACUGCCGAUAUUUACAAAGCUUACGAAGCUUUUUAUAUCCUAUAUAUAUAUAUAUAUAUUACACUGUUCAUAUUGGGUUCCAAGUUUGUGUUGGUGAUUAAAAAUAAAUGUACUAUCGUAUUAUCUACUUACUGUAAAUCAUUGCAAAUGAACACAAAUUCCGUACAAGUAUUGUACUAAAUUGUCUACCACAUGGAGCCCAAUGUACAAUAUGCAUAUAAGAAUAAGUUACUACUACUAACAGUAAUAAACAGAAACAUACAUUUUUGCAAAAACCAGAUUCG